AUGAAGAUUUCCAUAAGAUCAUUACAUCAUAAACCUCGCCCAGGCGCUUAUCCUAAAGUUCAUGUCAGUGAAGUUGAAUUAAACAAACCUCGUAUUGAUUAUAAAAGAAAAAGACCGUUAUUACUUUCUCAAACGGUUACUGAUACUUUAUUCCCAGCUUUGGAAAUUCAAAAGAAAUAUAUUGAAGGAGGUAAACCAGUACCUAGAAAAUUUAGAGGAAAUGGUGAUAUUUUAGCAAGAAAAAAUUUUGAAAAAUUACAAGAACAUAUUGAUCUUGAUGAACCUCAUUUUCCUAUUGGUAAGAAACAAAUUUACUUCACUCUGGCAAGAGUUUGUUUGUUGAGACCAAAUGCUAAGCAUACCCCAUAUCAAGCCAAGUUUUUGGUUCCAAAGAGUAUGAAUAAAAUGGAUUUAAGAGAUUAUUUAUGGCAUUUAUAUGGAUUAAGAGCAUUGAAUGUUACUGUUCAAUUACAACCAGGUAGAUGGACAAGAGGACCACAUGAUCUUGGUCGUUACAGAUUACCGCAAGUUAAGAAGAUGACUGUCGAUAUGUUGGAACCAUUCGUUUGGCCCGAAAUCUCCCAAAAGAUUAUUGACAAUGUUGAAUAUGAGAAAAAGAAUAGAAUGAAGAUGAUGCUACACGAACAUCUGAUUGGUUCUGAUAAAAAGAAACCUUUGGAAGUUUAUGAUGGAAUUUAUGAAGAAAAGCGCUUACCAAAUGCUUUUGUUCCACGCAAGAUGAGAAAACAAGGUUUAGCAAAGCUUUCUGAAUAUACUAAAAAGACAUCUGCGGCUGCUGAUGUAGCAUUGGUGAAUGAAUUUAUUGGUUCAUGA